GUCAGCGCAUGAGCCAUGGACUGAGCUCGAUGACUUUUCGUGCCGGGCUUUUUCUCAUUUUUUUUAUUUUUAAUUCAUCCCCCUUCCUUUUGGUUGCACAUCAGUUACCCUCCCUUCGGCAAGGAACUCACCACAAGUCAAAAUAGGGCCCACUUCCGGCAACCGCGUCGGUAGUUCGCUAGUUGCGCGCUACCACUUUUAUUAUUUAUUUAAUAUUUAUUUUAUUAUUAUUACUACUACUAUUGUCCCUUUGUGAUUCUUGUGAUUUUUGGUGCGUGAUAGUGUGUGAGCGAUGGCGAUGGCUGCGGAGCCAAGGCGGCCCUGCACCGUCGCUUCCGGUGGUGAUCGUGCAAUCGGAAGUAGCGGUGGCUCCUACUUCCGAAGAAUCAGGACAGCAAGCUUUAUCACCUUAGGAAUCUUUCUCCUUUCACGUGUGGCUACUACCGGUGCCAUUAAAGGACUCGGCGAUGGAGUUGGUUGUCCUAUGGGAAUGUUCCGAUGCUCCGACGGAAAGUGCAUCCCGUCCCUCUGGGUCUGUAACUAUCAAAAGGAUUGCGACAACGCCGAGGACGAAUUUCAGUCAUGCCAACCUCCUGAAUGCGAGCUUGGACAAAUCACGUGCGGCCAGUAUAUCUUUAAUAAAACUUACUGCAUACCUCCCCACCAGAGAUGUGACAUGACAGUAGACUGUGUCGACGGCACCGACGAGGCCGGAUGUAAUUACAGGAAAUGUCAGACGGACGACUUCAGGUGUAGUGGAACGACGCCUGAACUUUGCAUACCAAAAGAGAAGAGGUGCGAUGGUUAUUUGGACUGUCGAAACGGAAAGGACGAAGAAGGUUGUACGACUACUAAAGCUCCUUGUAGACUAGACCAAUUCAGAUGUAACACGACACAACGUUGUGUUGAGCAAACUGCAAGAUGUAAUCACAGAGACGACUGCGGGGACAACAGUGACGAAGCACACUGCAGUUUUCCUGAAUGCACAUCGGAGCAAUUUCGAUGCGCAAAUGCACUUUGCAUUCCUUUGGCAUUUCAGUGCGAUGGCUACAGAGACUGUGAUGAUGGGUCCGAUGAAAAAACUUGCACCGCGAUGGUUUGUCCAGGAACGAAAUUCAUGUGCCCAAAAGGCUCUCCAGGUGGAAAACCAAAAUGCAUCAAUAAAUCGCAGCUGUGCGAUGGCAAACAAGACUGUGAAGACGGAGCUGAUGAAUUGUCCGCUUGUUCGACGAAUCUCUGCGGCGCUCUAGGAUGUCAAUAUAAAUGCCAAGCAUCUCCUACCGGUGGGGCUUGUUCCUGUCAAGACGGAAGAGUUCUUGCGAAUGACUCGAGGACUUGCAUUGAUAGAGACGAGUGUUCGGAAUGGGGCUUCUGUGAGCAGCUUUGCGAAAACACGGAUGGUUCCUAUAUCUGCAGCUGCGUUCCAGGAUUCGAGCUCGAAGGAAGGAAUGCUUGUCGAGCUUCGAAGGGAAGUUCGCCAGUAGAAUUGCUUUUGGCUCAGGAUCGAGCAAUUUGGAGAAUGGAUGAAGCUGGUCUAGAUCGGAAGUUAGUCGCCAACACAACCGGAGCAAGUGGAGUUGACUUUCUCUACAAUCGCAACCUCGUUUACUGGAGUGACACCAAAACGAGAAAGAUUCACUCUCAAUCUUUGAGUGGUAAUCAAGCCAACUCAGACGUAGACAUCUCCCUGCCAGGAUCUUGGGUGCCAGUUGCAAUCGCUGUGGACUGGGUUGGUGACAAACUUUAUGUAGUCGAUUCGAUAGUACAGAAAAUAGACGUUUUCGAAUUAGAUGGUCAUUUCCAUGGCAUUGCUCUUGGAUCAAACUUAACUAGCCCCGCAGAUAUUGCUCUCGAUCCUACCGUGGGCUUGAUGUUCAUAGCCGACAGCAAGCAAGUAUUAAGAGCAAACAUGGACGGCACGAACACCAUGGCAAUCAUCUCUGAAGCUGCGUACAAGGUUUCUGGAGUGGCUGCUGAUAUCUACGCUAAAAGAAUUUACUGGUGUGACUCUCUACUAGAUUAUAUCGAGACUGCUGAUUAUAUGGGACGAAAUAGAGUGAUGGUUCUUCGAGGAACACAGGUCCCAGCCCCGAUGAGACUCGCGCUCUUCGAGGACAGAAUUUUUUGGACCGAUAGUACGAAACAAGCUGUCUUGAGUGUUAAGAAAACCGCCGGUGAGUCUUCGAUCCGCAAUAUAUUCAAGGCGAAAGAUGCAAAGGCGGUCAAAGUUCUGCAUAGCCUGGUUCAACAAGCUGUGACCAAUCCUUGUGGAAUCAAUAAUGGAGGCUGUCAGCACAUGUGUAUCGUAACAGCAGCGGCUGACCGCGAUUCUGGAUUGGCCUAUCGUUGUGCGUGUCACAUCGGCUGGAGGCUUUCAUUGGAUUUGAGAAAUUGUAACCUGGUGACGGAGUUUCUCAUGUACUCGCAGCAGAGAUUCAUCAAAGGACGUGUUCUGGAUCCUGUGAUGGAAGGCUUCAGUGAUGCUAUCCUGCCUGUUGUUUCCAGGAGAGCAAGGUUCGUCGGUUUGGACUUUGAUGCUCGUGAUCAGUAUAUUUAUUACAGUGACGUGUUGCAAGACGUGAUCUACAGAGUCCGUCAGAACGGCACUGGGCGUGAGAUCGUUCUUGCGAGUCAAAACGAGGGAGUGGAAGGAUUAGCAGUUGACUGGGCGUCAAAGAACUUGUACUAUAUUGACUCGCGGAAGGGAACCUUAAACGUACUCAGCACUAGGAAUGUCACUUACCGAAGGACUCUUUUGAAGAACUUGAAGAGGCCGAGGGCAAUCGUCAUCCACCCGAAUCAGGGAUUCAUUUUCUUCUCGGAGUGGGACAGGCCCGCAAACAUCAGCAGAGCUCGAGCCGAUGGAUCGAACUUGAUCGUCUUCAAGAAUCUGACUCUCGGGUGGCCAAAUGGUCUCGCGAUUGACUUCAGCAAGGACAGGCUCUACUGGUGCGACGCAUUGCUUGAUCAUGUCCAACACUCGAAUCUGGAAGGUACUGACGUCAGGACCGUCAACUCAAGACUCAUAAGGCAUCCCUUCUCAAUAGCGAUUUACGAACAGUGGAUGUACAUUACCGACUGGAGAUUGGAUGCCAUCAUACGUCUGCACAAGGAAACUGGAGAGCAGGAAGCUAUUCUUGUUCGCGAGCCCGACACAAAUCGGCUAUACGGAGUCAAGGUCUACAGUCCUCAUAUUCAGCAGCCGCACACGGACCAUCCGUGCACGAUAAACAACGGUGAAUGCGAGAAACUCUGUUUCGCUGUUCCACGCAACAGUACUACCAGAUUCUCACCAACGAGGCUCACAAGAAUCUGUGGAUGUCCCUAUGGAGAGAAGCUUCGCGAUGACGAGAUCACUUGUAUGGAAGAUCAGGAAGCUGAACCCCCAGUGAAAGCUUGUCCAAAUGCGUGGGACUUUACGUGCGCCAAUCAACGAUGUGUGCCUCAGUCCUGGAUUUGCGAUGGAGAUGACGAUUGUCUUGACAAUAGCGACGAGAAUCAAAACUGCACAAAGCCGACUUGCGGCGCCAAUGAAUUCCAGUGUAAAUCAGGCAGAUGCGUUCCCUCGAGUUUCAGGUGUGACUCCGAGAAUGACUGCGGAGAUUACAGCGACGAAGCAGGUUGCCCCAACGUCACCUGCAGUUCUAGUCAGUUUGCAUGUAGCAACAAUCGCUGCAUACCCGCAACCUGGAAAUGCGACUCUGAGAACGACUGUGGAGACAGCUCUGAUGAGGGUGAUUUUUGCGCAGCCAAAACUUGUUCCUACUUUCAGUUCACAUGCCCACGUUCAGGACACUGUAUACCUCAAUCCUGGGUUUGUGACGGUGACAACGAUUGCUUUGAUCAGCAGGACGAAAUGGACUGUCCACCAGUUAAUUGUCUCAGCACGCAAUUUACUUGUGCAGAUCAGAAGAUGUGUGUUCUCGAAUCUUACAAGUGUGACGGAAUCUCUGAUUGCAAUGAUGGAAGCGAUGAAUUGGGCUGUCCAUCUCUGGCACCGGAUCAGUGCAAUACCGAGAAGCAAUUCCAGUGCGCGAGUUCUGGAAUUUGCAUACCCAAGAGUUGGUACUGUGAUGGAACAGCGGACUGUCAUGACAAAUCGGAUGAGCCUGAGAGUUGUGGCCAGGUCAACUGCCAACCUGGAUUCUUCAAGUGCAACAACAACAAGUGUGUUUUCAAAGCCUACGUCUGCGAUGGAAAAGACGACUGUGGUGAUGGAUCGGACGAAGACACAAAAUUGCACGCUUGCAAAGGGCCUGAAUUCAAGUGCGAAUCAACAGAAUGGAAGUGUCCCAACGUUACGAACCGAUGCAUCAAUGUUACAAAUGUCUGUGAUGGUAAACCGGACUGCCCAGGUGGAGGAGACGAGGGCAUUGGUUGUGAACUUGCAGAAUGCAAACACCAGGGAGGCCUCUGCACCAACGGUUGUUUGCAAACACCCUUCGGUGCUCAGUGCACUUGUCCACAAGGGGAGGAACUUGGCCCUGAUGGUUUCACUUGUCAGGACAUGAACGAGUGCGAUCCACCUGGACGUUGUUCUCAGAUCUGUAUCAACACAAAGGGCAGUUAUCUUUGCAACUGUGUCGACGGUUACGUGCUUGAAAAAGACAAACACACGUGUAAGGCUUUCAAUCAUAGCGCGGCUUUUCUCAUAAUUUCCAAUCGACACACGAUUCUUGUUGCCGAUUUGCAAGAUCAAGCACUGGAGAGGGUUCCAAUUAAUGUGGAAAACGUGGUAGCAACUUCGAGCAAUAUGCACACUGGCACAAUCUUCUGGUCCGAUAUGAAGCUGAAGAAGAUCUCGAGAUUAGACAGAAGCAGCGAUCCUCAGGAUGUGAUAUCUACUGGUCUUGAUCUCGUUGAAGGAUUGGCCUAUGAUUGGAUUGGACAAAAUCUGUAUUGGUUGGAUUCCAAACUGAAUACCAUCGAAGUGUCCAAGGAAACUGGUGCAAAUAGAUUGGUUCUCGUUAAGGAGAACAUAACACAGCCUCGAGGAAUGUGUCUCGAUCCAAGUCCAGGUGCUUGCUGGCUUUUCUGGACCGACUGGGGCGAGAACCCAAGAAUCGAGAGAAUUGGUAUGGACGGUACAGAGAGAUCCACCAUUAUCAACACCAAAAUUUAUUGGCCAAACGGUCUUGCUCUAGACAUCGCCAACAAGAGGAUCUAUUUUGCGGAUAGUAAGCUUGACUUCAUCGACAGUUGUCUCUAUGACGGAACUGGAAGAAUUCAGGUGUUGGCUGACUCUCAUUAUUUGCUCCAUCCGCACUCUCUCACUCUCUUCGAGGACACAAUGUACUGGACUGAUCGGCAACUGAACCGAGUUUUGUCCGCUCACAAAUUCCGCGGCUCAAAUCAAACUGUUGUCUCGCACCUCAUCUCCCAACCACUGUCGAUCCACGUUCACCACCCUGUACUUCAACCAAUCACACCAAAUCCUUGCUUGAAUGCCUCAUGCGCUCAUCUUUGUCUUCUUUCCCCGAGUGCGCCAAGCGGCUACAACUGCAAGUGCCAGGUCGGAUACAAAUUGUUGAGUGAUGGUCGCUGCAUCGAAGAGGAAAAUGCCUACUUGAUGGUCCUUCGAGGAUCUCAAAUAAUUGACGUGUCGCUUUUGCCUGGAGAUACCAAGACUGGAUACAUCACUCCAGUUGUUGGAGUUGAAGGCGGUAGAUUUAUUGACUACGACAGGACUGACCACAUUAUUUACUGGCUGCAGGGAAAGGAGGGCGAUGAGGAGAACGGUACAAUUUACGCAAUUCCAUACGGAGGUGGAAAUAAAACUGAGUUCCCGAACGCGAACGGUGACACUGGAAUUGUUGGAUCUCCAUCAACUUUGGCCUUUGACUGGCUCGGGAGGAAUCUCUUCAUUGGAAACAAAUACGCUUCCAACAUCGAGGCAAUUAAGGUAGAUGGAAAAAUAAGAUAUCGGUCAAUUGUUCUCGCGAAUGAUGGAACGAAAUUGAGUGUAGCUAGACCAAGAUCGAUGUGCGUUGAUCCUCUCGAGGGACAUGUCUUCUGGAUUGAUGAGGGAGGCUUUGGCGUCCCUUCGAAAAUUGGUAGAGUCAACAUGGAUGGUACAACUCCUCUUAUACUUGUGCCAGACCUGUAUGGCGCCGAGGCCAUCACGAUAGAUAUACCAAGUAAGACCGUUUACUUCAGUACCUCUCAGACUGUCCAGUCGAUGACAACAGACGGUCAGAGCGUGAAAACUAUUCUGUCAGCCGCUAACAAUAUCGCCCUGCCGAAGGCCCUCGCCGUCCAUGAGAAUAAACUCUACUAUCUGGAUCCAAAGUAUGAGAAAAUCGAGAGGGUAAACCUGCCGAAUGGUGAUAAUGCAACGAUAAUAAUGCAAAACGAUGCUGAUUUGAAGACGCUCACUAUAUACAAGAAACGAGCUACCGGUUCUCACUCCUGUCUCGUAAAUAAUGGAGGUUGCGAUCAAAUUUGUCUGCCCUCUGCUGGUGGAACCAGAGUCUGCGCCUGUGGCAUAGAAUACCGUAAAGUUGGUGACAGCAGAUGCGAGCCCUUCAAAACCUUCGCGGUCGUUACUCAGUUAGAUGUGGCGAGAGGAUACAGCUUAAAGGACUCGAAAGAGGCGAUGGUGCCAAUCGCUGGAAUGGGUCAUCAUAUUCUUCAUGUUGAUGUGCACUGUGCACAGAACUGGAUUUACUGGGUCGAGUUCAACAGAGGAUACUGGAAUGGUAUCUUUCGAGUGAGACCCAACGGUACUGAGCUCGAGCAGAUCAUUAAGAGUGGAAUUGGAUCGAAUGGAAUUAGAGGGUUGACGAUCGACUGGAUCGCUGGAAAUAUCUAUUUUGCUAAUGUGUUCCCCCAUGACAACUACGUCGAGGUCUGCCGUCUGGAUGGAAGCAACAGGAAGGUGUUAGUCAAAACAACGACAGAUGCGCCUAGAGAACUUGCGGUCAAUCCGAUCAAGAAAGUCCUCUACUGGAUCGACUAUGGUCAAUAUCCAAGAAUAGGAAAGGCCAACUUGGAUGGUAGCAAUUGGACAACCUUGGUCACAAGUGGCAUCAGCACGCCUCGUGAUCUGACGGUCGAUAUAUUAACGCACGAUGUCUACUGGGUUGACUCGAAGCUCGACAUGAUCCAGAAGAUCUCCUACACUGGUGGCAACCGAAUGGUCAUCCGAAAUAAUCUGCCGAACCCGAUGGGAGUUGCCAUCUUCGGCCAGGACAUGUACUGGGUAGAUCGCAAUCUAGCCACUGUCUUCAAGGCGAGCAAGCUGCCAGGAAAUAUCAGUCGACCGACCUCAGUUAGGACGAAUCUACCUAAAUUGAGGGAUAUCGCCAUCUUUGAUCAAAACUCUCAGCCGAUGGAUGAAAACAGUCCCUGCUCUCGGACUCCCAAUGGUGGUUGCGAACAGUUGUGUUUCGCGCUUCCACGAGACAAUACUCCUAAUCAAGUCAAGUGCGAUUGUGCAACCGGUAAACUGGCGUCUGAUGGCAAGAGGUGUGAAAACGUUGACGAGUUCCUUGUCUUCGCAACAAGAACCGAAAUCCGGGCCAUUAACCUGGAUCCAAAAUCCACCAGUUUGCCCUUUAAGCCUGUUGGAAACUUGACAAAUGUUGUGGGCGUUGAUUUUGACUAUCAAGACAAAAAAUUGCUUUUCACUCAAAUUAGACCAUGGGCGAUGAUUGCUUGGCUCAAUUCGGAGGAUCCCUCGUCAAUGAAACCUGAAAAAAUCAUCAACCGAGGCAUCAAUCCAGAGGGUAUUUCAUACGACUGGACACAGAAGAAAGUGUACUGGACAGACUCCUCGAAUAACAGCAUAUAUGCUAUGAAUAUCGAUGGGACGGACCUGGUGAUGAUUGCUAGAGUAGACAGACCACGAGCUAUCGUCGUAGAUCCUUGCAACGGUUCUCUCUACUUCACCGACUGGGGUCGUUUCGGCACCUCUGGUAAGAUCUUUAGAACCACCAUGGCAGGUUCUUUGAAGAAGGCCAUCAUUGACAAGGAUCUCUCUCAACCAAGUGGUCUUGCUAUUGAUUACGAAGAGCGCAUGCUCUACUGGACCGACGCAGUUCUAGAGAAGAUCGAGAGAUCAGAUCUCAACGGAAAUAACAGGGAAGUUCUUAUUGGAGCGACGAUUUAUCCAUUCGCGAUCACAGUCUUCCGGGAGCACAUUUACUGGACUGAUUUGCAACUCAGGGGUGUAUAUCGAGCAGAGAAGAACACAGGAUCUGACAAAGUAGAAUUGGUGAAACGACUUGAGGACUCCCCAAGAGAUCUUCACAUCUAUUCUCCAGCAAGACAACAGUGCAAGGUCAAUCCUUGCAACAUCAAUAACGGAGGGUGCGAUCAAUCCUGCCAUCCUGGGCAAAGUGGCACUGCUGAAUGCAAAUGCGACGACAACAGCAGACUCGUCAACGAGGACAGAAUGUGUGUACCCAAAAAUGUUACUUGCGACGGCAACAAAUUUGCCUGCAGAAAUGGAAGAUGCAUCUCUCGAAUGUGGGCUUGCGAUGGCGACAAUGACUGUGGAGACAGCUCUGAUGAAGACACCAACUACUGUUCCUACCACUCUUGCAGUCCCAAUGAGUUUCGUUGUAACAAUGGCCGCUGCAUCUUUAAAUCGUGGAAGUGCGACCACGAGAAUGACUGUCGAGAUGGUAGCGACGAGGAAGGUUGCAAAUAUCCACCUUGUGCAGCUGGCGAAUUCACCUGCGCCAAUUAUCGUUGCAUUCCACAGUCACAGGUUUGUAACGGUGUCAAUGACUGUAAAGACAACGUCACUUCGGAUGAAACGCACGAACGCUGUCCCCGGAACACGACCUGCCCUCCUAAUCAUCUCAAGUGUGAUAAGACCAACAUAUGCGUGGAACCUUACUGGUUGUGCGACGGAGACAACGAUUGCGGAGACAACAGCGACGAAAAUCCUCUACACUGCGCUCAGAGAACUUGUCCACAAAAUAGCUUCCGUUGUCCCAAUCACAGAUGCAUUCCGGCUACUUGGUACUGUGACGGAGAUGACGAUUGUCUCGACGGGAGCGACGAGCCGCCAGGAUACUGUCAAUCUGAAGGCAGAACCUGUUUCGGUGAUCUGUUUACCUGUGACAACGGAAACUGUAUUCCCAGGAUAUACAUCUGCGACGGCGACAAUGAUUGUCUUGACAAUUCUGACGAGGACGAGAGGCAUCAGUGCAAUGACCGAAAGUGUGACGAAGAGACUGAAUUUACUUGCACCGCCAAUAAACUCUGGAAUCGGGCACAGUGUAUUCCAAAGAAGUGGCUCUGCGAUGGUGAUCCAGACUGUGUGGAUGGAGCUGACGAGAACUCGACUCUGCUCCAUUGCCCAGCACCAACACCUUGUUCCGAAAAUCAAUUUACCUGCAACAACGGCAGGUGUCUCAAUCGAAGCUGGCUCUGUGAUCAUGACAACGACUGUGGAGAUGGAAGCGACGAAGGCAAGUUCUGUAAUUCCAGAUACAAGAAUUGUUCCGAACUUGAAUUCACUUGUCAAAACUUUAAGUGCAUAAGGAAGCAAUUCCACUGUGAUGGACAGGAUGACUGUGGAGAUUAUUCGGACGAAGUCAACUGUCCCUCAAAGAAAAAGAACACCACCUGUCCAAAUCUAGGAGAAUUCAUGUGUGCAAAUGGAGUAUGCAUCGAUCAGCAGUUGGUUUGUAACAAAGAACCCGACUGUGCUGAUGAGAGUGACGAACCACCUCACUGCAAUGUUGAUGAGUGCGCCCGAGUGGAGAUGAACCAGUGUGGACACAGGUGUGUGGAUACACCAACGAGUUUUUACUGCGAAUGUAAUGCAGGGUACAAGCUCUUGGACGAUGGAAAAGCCUGCGCAGAUAUCGACGAGUGCAUCGAAACACCACAAGUUUGUAGUCAGCAGUGUGAGAACACACCAGGAAACUUCUACUGUAAAUGCAACGAGAAGUACUAUGAACGAGCAGCUGAUGAGCACACUUGCAAGAGGAGAGACAAAAUUCCUCCCUGGGUUAUCUUCACGAAUAAGUACUACAUCAGGAAUAUGUCAACCGAUGCUUCCCAGUAUGCUCUGAUGCAUCAAGAUCUUGUAAAUGUUGUUGCGCUCGAUGCGGAUUACGCAGAAGAGAUGUUAUACUUUUGCGACGUCACUGCCAAGACAAUUUACAGAGCACCAAUCGGCGGUGGAGAGAGGCAGGCGAUUAUUCGACACGACAGUCUUGGUCUCGAAGGAAUUGCCAUUGAUUGGAUAGGAAGGAAGCUAUACUGGUUGGAUAGACAUGCCAAACAUCUGGAAGUAGCUGAGUUGGAUGGAACAAAUAGAAAGACUUUGAUGGCUGGAAUCGCGGAUCCAAGAGCGAUUGCUGUUCAUCCUGGAACUGGACAUUUGUACUUUACGUCCUGGCAUCUUCAGGCCUACAUCGGUAAGAUGGGAAUGGAUGGUAGCAACUUUACGCAGAUUCUCAACUGGGAAGAUGACAUCGCCUGGCCAAAUGCUCUCACAAUUGACUACUUUACGGACAGGAUAUUCUGGGCUGAUGCGCAUCUUGACUACAUAGCGUUUGCGGAUUUAGAAGGACACCAUCGACGAAUUGUACUGUCUGGUGCCAAAGUUCCACACGUUUUCGCAAUGACGGUCUUUGAUGAUCACAUUUACUGGACGGAUUGGAAUCUGAAGGCCAUCAGUAAGGCAGAGAAGUUCUCUGGAGCUCAAGUUACGCUCCUGAGUAACACAACUCAUCGGCCAUAUGAUAUUCACAUCUAUCAUCCCUUGAGGCAACUUCCUUAUAAUAAUCCGUGCUCACAGAAUAAUGGCGGCUGUUCCCAUCUAUGUUUGAUUUCUCCACCAGCCAGUUCGUACUUGUUAGAGGGCUUUGGGCGACCUGGAAUGACUUCUUUCAAGUGCAUGUGUCCUAAUCAGUUUACUUUGGACAACGAUCAGAAGACCUGUAUCGCUAACUGUACUGCUGGACAGCAUCGAUGCGGUGUGCCCGAUGAGAAAUGCGUCCCUUGGUAUUACAAGUGCGAUGGUGAGAAAGACUGCAAGGAUGGUUCAGACGAGGCUGACUGUCCUGCGAGAACUUGCCGAGCAGGAGUCUUCCAAUGUAAAAACGGCAACUGCACACCUAGUCUCACUGUGUGUGAUGGCGCUGACGACUGCGGAGACAAUAGUGACGAAAUCAACUGCUCACACGCGUGUCCUGUCUUGGAGUUUAAGUGUAAAUCGAACGGACGCUGCAUCCACGAUUCGUGGAAGUGCGACGGAGAUGCUGACUGUAAAGACGGCAGUGAUGAGGAUCCGAGUAUAUGUCACAACAGAACCUGCGACCCCAAUACAGAGUUCAGCUGCAAGAACGGCAAGUGUAUUCCGAAAUUGUGGAUGUGUGACUACGACAAUGACUGUGGAGAUGACAGCGACGAACCAGCGUACAUGUGUCGACAACGCAAUUGCACAACAGGUUGGCAGCGUUGUCCCGGUCAAUCCAACUACAGAUGCAUUCCAAAGUGGCUCUUCUGUGAUGGCAAAGACGACUGCCGAGACAAUUCCGAUGAAAAAGCAGAAAAUUGUCCCGUCUGCGAUCUUAGCACCGAUUUCAAGUGCGCCAAUAACCGAUGCGUACCUAAGCAGUGGCUCUGUGACUUUGCCGAUGACUGUGGAGAUGCUAGCGACGAGGCAGAUGCUAUUUGCAAGGACAAGUACAGAAAGUGUUCAGAAUCCGAGUUUCAGUGUGCCAAUGGCAAGUGCAUCGCUUCUAGGUGGCGGUGUGACCUCGAAGACGAUUGCGGAGAUUCGAGUGAUGAACUUAACUGCGAGACACACAAGUGCAAGAACGACACUUAUCAGUGCAAGAGCGGUCACUGCAUCGCGGGUCAUCUCCGAUGCGAUGGUACCAGAGACUGCAAAGAUCUCAGCGACGAAAUUGGAUGUCCCGCAAAGUAUCCCGGAGGAAGAUACUGUCCGCAGACUCACUUCCAAUGUGACAACAACUUCUGCGUUUCUCUUCAGGACAGAUGCGAUGGAUCUGACGACUGUGGUGACGGUUCAGAUGAAAAUACGGCAAUGUGUGCGAGCCUGCCCUGCGAUCCUCACAGAAGAUUCCGUUGCGCGAAUCACAAGUGCAUUCCCAAGUACCAGGUUUGCGACCAAAUAGACAAUUGUGGAGAUGGUUCCGAUGAGAAUAACAUGACCAUGUGUGCAACUAGAGUUAAACCUUGCGAUCCGAUCAACGAGUAUCUCUGUGCAAACAAGAAUUGUAUCAGCAGACUCCAACUCUGUGAUCACACAGACCACUGUGGAGACUUGUCUGAUGAAUUAGGAUGUCAUCUGAACAAGUACUGCGAGGACCACGACAAGGGCGGCUGUUCCCACUAUUGUCAGAAUAUCACCGACAACCGAUACAUCUGCGCCUGCUAUCCAGGAUACAUAAUAUCCAAAGUAAACAACAAACAGUGCGAGGACAUUAACGAGUGUGCAGAGGGUACGCAUCACUGCUCACAGCUGUGCAUAAAUCUUAAAGGAAAUUACUCGUGUUCGUGUCGCCAAGGCUUCAGGCUCUCUGAUAACCUGAGCGGAGUGUGCCGAGCUGAGGAUGACAACGCACUUGUAUUAUACGCAACUAGAUCAGAAAUCCGAGGAUUGGACGUCCACAGGCGAGAUGAAAUGCCUGUGAUUGGGAACGAAAAUAGAAUACACGCUAUUGACUUUGAUCCGCGAAUGGAAUACGUUUACUGGAUUGAUUCUCACGAUAAUAGGAUUAAACGGUCGUUCAUGGUCAACGCGAAGAACGGCGAAGCAAAGAUAGGAUUUGCCCAAGACCUCAACAUUCAGUCAUCCAACUAUCAACCCACGAGUAUUGCAGUAGACUGGGUGAGUGGAAAUCUCUACUGGACCGAAUUGGCCGACAGUAUCGACAGCAUAACCGGCAGAGUGGUUGUCGCCAAAUCCGAUGGAAGAUACCGACGCAGCAUCGCUAUAGUGGAAGAACCAGCUGCAAUAGCCGUCGACCCUCAACUCGGAAUCGUCGUUUGGUCAGACGUAGGAUCCAUUCCGAGAAUCGAGAGUGCUUGGAUGGAUGGCAGCAAGAGAAGAAUCUUGGUCGGGGAAAAACUUGGCAGACCUUCUGGGCUUGCCAUCGAUUACUCGAUGGACCACACUCUGUAUUGGGCAGACAGUAAACUCAAUCUGAUUGAGUCGAUCCGACUGGACGGCUCCAACAGGAAAGUCGUUCUUCAUGGAGAUGCUCUGAAGCACCCGAUGUCUCUUGACGUCUUUGAGAAUGUGUUGUACUGGACGUCGAGGUCCACCGGCGAGUUGAUUCGACAAGACAAAUUCGGGAGAGGAGUUCCUCAGACGUUGAAGUCAGGCAUGGGGACGAGUGGAGGCGUGAAAAUUUAUCAUCAGAUGAGGUACAAUACCUCGCUGAUCGAUCCUUGUCGAUCGAGUGAGUGCACUCAUCUCUGUGUCGCGGUUCACGGAGGAUACAGGUGUUUGUGUCCAGAGAGCUCUCGGACGAGACAGUCGCAUGCAAGCCAAAUGCGCUGCGAUGCUACGGAGGAAAGGCCGAAACCUGCACCGAGAAUUUGUCCGUGUCAGAACGGAGGUUUCUGCACUCAAAAUUCCGACAAUGAACUCACCUGCGAGUGUCAAGAGUAUUACGAGGGCGAGCACUGUGAGAUUCUCCCGGCAGCGACUCGAUCGGGAAGUUCCACGGCUGCAAUUGUCAUUCCAAUCGUUGUGUCCAUCCUGGUACUGCUUGGUGCAGCUGCCGUUAUUUUGGUUCUCAAGAAACGGCCAUUUGGCAAACCAGGUGGUCUUGGCAGUCUAACCGGUGCUCAAAGUGUCUCCUUCAGACAAGGCAGCAAUGUCGAGUUUGGCGGAUCUUCGACUGAUCGAAUGGAACCUCUCGACGUGGAGUACAAUCUCAAUGAAGUAAGCACGAAAAACAGAGACUUUAGUAAUCCAAUGUACGACGCAGUGAACCUUGAGUCUGGCAACACCAACGGAACCAGUGGCAGUGGAAUUUAUGAAGUUCCUGCGGAAAUGAAACCCUCCAGUAUACAGCACAAAGAACCACCUCAACUUCACUUCAAGAGGCGAGAGCUAGACCCAACACCCAUCGACUCGGGCAAAGAUACCCAGCAGCUGGUGGAAGAAGACAAAUCCGAGUGCUAGGUUGUUGUCACCAAAGUGCAUCUUCAUCUAUUGUGCGGUUUCAUCUUGAAUGUGUCGCGAGUACUAAAUCUCAAUACUCGAACUCUAGUAGUCAAGUUGCUCGAUUCCGACAAGCAAAUGUGAUUGUAUUCGCUUUUAAUUGAAUUUUAGCGCGGGGAGUGAACGUUUAGGUAAGUUUUCAUACAAAAGAUUUUAAAUAAUGCUGUUUAUCUCGAUUUUACACACGGCAAAGAAAGAGUUUUAUCAAUGACCGAACGAGCGGCAAGAGAAUCUAGAUUUUCCAAAUAAGCGGCAUAUUGCCGACUUUGCUCUGCCACGAUCUGUCAGACCUUCAAACUAAAUUUUUAGAGCUCGGACAAAUCUCUCUUUUCACUACUGUAUUGACGUUUUGAGAUAUUUAAUUGAUCAAAGUGAAUCACUCUGAUAAAAGAAAUUGACUAUUGUAGAGAUAUGUAAAAGUACCUACCGAGCCGUUAUGGGGAAACAGGAAGAAAAAAGGUCGAAAUCAAACUGCAAGAGGCAGACGAUCGUGUCAUUUUCUUAGGUGAUUUUUUUAAGUCUUGUAAAUAUAAUUCCUAUUCCUACGAAAUAUUAAAUUCAUAUUAUCUGUGUACCAUAAAAACGCAACACAUUCCAUUACACUCAAGAUCCUUGAGAGUUAGUGAUAGCACGCGAUGACUUUAUUAAGUACGGAAUAUGUAAAUAAACGCGUGUACGUUUAUUCACUGCAAAGGUACAUGUGCGUAGAUAUGCGAAUAAUUGGACCAAUAAGCUGUAUUUUUGAACAAGUAUUUUUGUAUGAAAGACAAUUGAGAGUUUUAUAUUAAAAAAGUGGCCAAUCAGGAACUGAUGAUGAAUAGGCACGUUUAUUUUUUAUUUUUUUUUAAUGGUGAAUGGACUCUGCAAAUCGAGACACUUGCGAUUUGUUAAACAUCAUUGAUUAUUAUAAAUGUUAUUAUAUUGAACGAUUGAUUACGUUAUAUAAAUAAAUGUUUUUUUAAGCAUAAAAAUGCUCAGAAUGUUUGAUCGGCCACGUAAUGUAAAGGUUAUAUUGUACAUUUCUUUAAACUAUACGGGGUACCUCGGCGUAUUGUUCUUCAAAACAGAAUCCCUUCUUUUAUUCAAUAUGUCAACUGGACAAGCUACACUUGAAAAGAAACAAGAAAAAUAGAUGUCAUUUUCAGAUUUGAUCAACUUUGAAAAUGCAGUAAAAUUCAUGUAGAGCGAGAACGAUACGUUGCUGUGUCUUGUGCACAAAUAAUUAUAAAUAGUAUAUAUUAUUAUAUAUAUAUAUAUAAAUAAAUAUAUAUUUCUUGUUGCAAUUAACUUCGAUCUGGGCAGGGAUCCAGAGUGUCCUUUAUAUAAUUAUAUCAGUAUUUUGUGUAUUUUUUUAUCGAGUUGACAAAAUAAUAAUUGUUAAUAUAUUGUGCAAAUAUCAAACUGAUACCGUCCAACAAUAAACUUUAAGGAUAACAACUAAGCUUGAUAUAUCGACCAGAAAACACGAUUAUAAGACAUGUAUAUACACUAUACGUAUAACUGAACAAAAAUACAGAGUGUACAUUCAGACAUAAUAACAGAGUUCCAGAUAUUUGUUUUUAAAACGAUCGCGUUUUACGCUUUGGAGUGUACAAUAAAACUUAUUUAUGACUGAAA